GUACUUUACUAGUGUGAUGUCGUCAAGGCAUAGGAUUGAUAUCGGUGAAUCUAAGCCCAGACGGUCAAGGUUUUCUGAUGGACCGGAUAAUCAUGCACGUGAUCGCUCACGCUCCCCAGAUAAUCACGUCAAACUUAAACAGAAUGCUUCAAAUAAGUCUCCAUUCACAGCACAAACAAAUCCUUACAACGGCAAAUCAUUUAGUGCCAAAUACUUCGAACUUCUGAGGAAGCGUAUCAAAUUACCUGUUUGGGAAUACAAAGAGAAUUUUUUUCAGACAUUAUCGGAGAACCAAGUCACUGUUUUAGUUGGUGAAACAGGUUCUGGAAAAACGACCCAAAUUCCUCAGUGGUGCCUGGAAUGGGUAACUGGACGGUAUCCUACCAAAAAGGCAGUGGCCUGCACUCAACCUAGAAGGGUAGCAGCUAUGUCUGUUGCUCAGCGUGUUUCCGAGGAAAUGGAUGUUGAACUUGGUCAAGAAGUAGGAUACAGUAUUCGAUUCGAGGAUUGCACGUCCUCAAGGACUGUGAUGAAAUACAUGACUGAUGGUAUGCUUUUACGUGAAGGCAUGUCUGAUCCUUUGCUCGAGGCAUACGGUGUUAUUCUCUUGGAUGAAGCCCAUGAAAGAACUUUGGCUACUGAUAUUUUAAUGGGUCUACUUAAAGAAAUCACAAAGCAAAGAUUAGAUUUAAAAAUAGUUGUCAUGAGUGCGACUUUGGACGCUGGAAAAUUCCAAGUUGUAGUGUCCACAAAUAUUGCAGAGACAUCCCUCACAAUUGAUGGAGUGGUUUUUGUUAUUGACCCAGGUUUCGCAAAGCAGAAGGUCUACAAUCCUCGUAUUCGUGUUGAAUCUCUCUUAGUCACUGCUAUCAGCAAAGCUUCUGCACAACAACGUGCCGGGAGGGCCGGGCGUACAAGACCUGGAAAAUGUUUUAGAUUGUAUACAGAAAAGGCAUAUACAAAUGAGAUGCAAGAGAACACAUAUCCAGAAAUUCUCCGAUCAAACCUGGGUACUGUUGUCCUCCAGUUGAAAAAACUGGGAAUUGAUGAUUUGGUGCAUUUUGACUUUAUGGAUCCUCCCGCUCCGGAAACUCUGAUGCGUGCUCUAGAGUUAUUGAAUUAUUUGGCAGCCCUUGAUGAUGAUGGUAACCUAACCGAUCUAGGAAGUAUGAUGGCUGAGUUCCCACUUGAUCCCCAAUUAGCCAAAAUGGUUAUCGCCUCUUGCGAUUACAACUGCUCAAAUGAAAUCCUGAGUAUCACUUCAAUGUUAUCAGUACCUCAAUGCUUCGUACGCCCUGCCGACUCCAAGAAAACUGCAGACGAAGCCAAAAUGCGUUUUGCUCACAUUGAUGGUGACCAUUUGACUAUGUUAAAUGUAUAUCAUGCCUUCAAACAAAAUCAUGAAGAUCCACAGUGGUGUUAUGAUAAUUUCAUAAAUUUCCGCUCAUUAAAAUCUGCUGACAACGUUCGGGUACAAUUAUCACGUAUUAUGGAUCGAUUUUCUCUUCGUCGUUCAAGUACAGACUUCACUUCUCGAGAUUAUUACAUUAACAUUCGAAAAGCUUUGGUAUCUGGCUUUUUCAUGCAGGUUGCGCAUCUUGAACGUACUGGACAUUAUUUAACUGUAAAAGACAACCAAGUGGUCCAGCUUCACCCCUCUACAGUAAUGGAUCACAAACCGGAAUGGGUGUUGUACAAUGAGUUCGUCCUUACAACAAAGAAUUACAUACGUACAGUGACUGAAGUAAAACCAGAUUGGCUUGUGCGUAUCGCUCCUCAAUAUUAUGAUAUGUCUAAUUUCCCUGAUUGUGAUGCUCGACGGAUACUCGAACGAAUUGUUCACAGGAUUCAAAAUCGUAAACUUCAACAAGAUCAAAAGCAAAGCCAAGAGCCGAAAUUACAAGCGCAAACUUGAUCCAUGUUCACACAUUCAGAUAUCACCACUACUCUUGAUUUAUAAGAUGUGAAGUAGUCUUGAUAACCAUCUUUGUAUUUUUAUUGACUUCCUCUGAAUUACCCAUAUUCAAUGAAAGAGGUCACUCCGCAUUUCAAGUGCUGUUGUGUAUAUUUUAUCAAGGCAACAAUAAAUAAUAUCCAGUUCAUUUAUUUCUUGUAAUUUGUUAAUGCAAAUUGAAUGAGGAUGGGUGAUUUAUUGUUUAUAUUAGUACAACAAUUAAGGUCUUAAUUUUCCGUCUAAUAUUGAUUGUUUCCCCAAUUCAGACGUGUAAAUGUAUUAGCUAGAACUCACAGUUUAAGUUUUGUAAUUAAAAGUUAUCAUUGACUGAUAAUUGAG